GCCAAAGACGAAAGGAACGUCCACACUUGGGUAACAAAAACAAAACAAGACCGAUGCAACCUAUGUAACUGUGGCAAUUCAAGACAAACCCCACCCGCACACAGCAGAGCAUCGUCUCCUACGUUAUUCCCCUUGUCAUUUUCACAUCCCCAACAACAACUACAACAACAACAACAACAAGAGCAAAUCUAAUACUAUUCUCUCUUCCUCUUCAAGCUUCUCUUCAUUCCUUAAUCCUUAUAAACCAUUUCUCUUGCUGUUAGCAUCAUUCUUCUUCUUCUUGCUAAAUCUCUCUUCAGUCUUUCCUCCUUCAAGUCCCAUUAUAAUGUACGGUCAAGAUCAUCAUUUCUUUGCCUCUUUAUUCAAAGACAAAGAAUCUGAACUGCCGGAUCACCAACCCUUCAUUCUCGGGGGACUGUUCCUAGAUCAUAAAACCAUCUGUCCUCCUUCCUUUGUUUCUAUAGUUUCUUCAAAGAAGAAGGGAAACAAUGACAGUCAUUCCUAUUUGUCGAAAAGAACCUUGUUAAGGUUUGAGAAUAUGCGGCGGCUAGGUAGGAAAGGUGGGGUGUUUUUGUCUGUUAGCUUGUCAAUAAAGGGGGGAGAAGAAGAUGGAGAUGAAGGGAAUGUUGGGGAGUCAAUUGAGAGUUUGGGGCAAGAUGGGGUUGAGAAAAAUGUCGAGUUGGUGGAGGAGAAGGAGGUUGAAGUGAAGAGAUCUGGUACUUCAGCAGCUUUGAAUACAACUAAACAUCUAUGGGCUGGUGUUGUGGCUGCUAUGGUUUCAAGGACUUUUGUAGCACCUCUUGAGAGGCUGAAGCUGGAGUACAUAGUUCGCGGUGAACAGAAGAAUCUUUUUGAGGUCAUCAAGGCAAUUGCGGUGACACAAGGGUUGAAAGGUUUCUGGAAGGGAAACUUUGUCAAUAUUCUUCGCACUGCUCCAUUUAAGUCCAUCAAUUUCUAUGCUUAUGAUACAUACAGAAAUCAGCUUCUAAAAUUGUCUGGGAAUGAGGAAACCACAAAUUUUGAGAGGUUCCUUUCUGGUGCUGCUGCUGGAAUUACUGCUACUUUGCUUUGCUUGCCGAUGGACACUAUAAGAACGAAGAUGGUUGCACCUGGUGGGGAAGUUUUGGGUGGUGUAAUUGGCACUUUCCACCACAUGAUCCAGACAGAAGGUUUCUUUUCUCUUUAUAAGGGUUUACUACCCUCGUUAGUGGCAAUGGCUCCUUCAGGUGCUGUUUACUAUGGUGUUUAUGAUAUGCUAAAAUCAGCUUAUCUUCACUCACCGGAAGGAAUGAAGAGAAUUCAGAACAUCAAACAAGAAGGUCAGGAAUUGAAUGCAUUGGAACAGCUGGAGUUGGGUACCAUGAGAACAUUGCUUUAUGGGGCAAUUGCUGGUUGUUGCUCUGAAGCUGCUACAUAUCCAUUUGAAGUUGUGCGGAGACAGCUUCAAAUGCAAGUCCGAGCAACAAAGAUGAGUGCAUUGGCAACUUGCAUAAAGAUAGUUGAGCAAGGAGGAAUUCCUGCUCUUUAUGCAGGUUUAAUUCCCAGCUUAUUGCAGGUUUUACCAUCAGCUGCAAUAAGUUACUUUGUAUACGAGUUCAUGAAGAUAGUGCUCAAAGUCGAGUCAACAUAGACAAAGCCUUGGAGGGGGCUGAUGUUUCUGAAGUUCAUGGUGUCUCAAGUGGUGUUUUCUGGGACCCUUUGGACGAUUCUAAUAUACCGUGUGUACUGUUUUUUCCAACAGAACUGAGGGAAAAUAACCCUCCAUUGGUUUCCAGCCUUUCCCUGGCAUUUUUAUAAGGAGAAGUGAAAGGAAAAAUCUGAGUUUAGUAUAAAAGAAAAUGGGAGAGAAAAGGGCAUUGAAUGCACAUUUACUUGCAAGUUAAAAGCUCUGUCCAUGUUGCAUAGGAAAUAGAAAUCAAUCUUGUAAUUGUUGCUGACUUUUCAUGGAUUGUCAAUUGCAAUCACCGGAAUCGAAAGUUGAAACCCUCUGUUGAGAAGUAGAGAGUUGAACGCAUUUCAGUUGACUUUUGAAAUAAAGAAAACUUAUCCAAUCUGACAA